AUGCUGGAUAUCUUCUUUCGAGAAGUUCGGCCACGCGGAGCACAUAGAGUGCCUAAAGAAGGCCCUGUCAUAUUCGUUGUUGCACCUCACGCAAACCAGUUUGUCGAUCCACUUAUUCUCAUGCGAGAGUGCGGUCGAAGGGCUUCAAUAUUGAUUGCAGAAAAGUCAAUGCACGAAAAAACGAUUGGGUUUUUCGCCAGAAUGGUUCACGCGAUUCCCGUCACUCGCGCACAGGAUCUCGCUUUCCCCGGAAAAGGGCGGAUACAGCUACUGAACCGAAAAUCGGAACCUUUACGGAUCACUGGCAUCGAUACCCAAUUUACUACCCAACUGCGUCCUCGCGACUCCAUCACACUGCCCAAAAACGUAGGCAGAGCCGAAGUCGUCCAGGUCGUGUCCGAUACCGAAAUCAUCAUCAAAAAGGAGUUCAAGGAACUCAAGGCGUUAGAUCUGUUGACAUCCAACGACGGUACAGCGUACAAGUGCAUGCCUCAUGUGGAGCAGGACUCUGUAUAUCACUCAGUACACAACGAGCUUAACAAUGGCCAAUGUAUCACUAUUUUUCCCGAGGGUGGCAGUCAUGAUCGUGCUGAGCUGUUGCCGUUGAAAGCUGGCGUAACUUUGAUGGCUCUGGGUGCCAUGGCAAAAUUUCCUGGACUGGACGUCAAGAUCGUUCCUGUCGGUCUCAACUACUUUCAUGCCCAUCGUUUCCGUUCUCGAGCAGUUAUCGAAUUCGGUAAUCCUAUCACCAUUCCUGAAGAUCUUGUCGAAAAGUUCAAGCUCGGAGCCGAUGCCAAACGAGAGGCAUGUGGCAAGCUACUGGAUACCAUUUAUGGAGCACUCAAGGCUGUGACAGUUAACGCAGGCAGUUAUGAAACACUGAUGCUUAUUCAAGCAGCACGGCGAUUGUACAAACCCGCAUACCGAAAACUGCAUAUAUCUCAAGUGGUGGAUCUGAACCGGCGGUUCCUGAUUGGGUAUAAUUUGUUCAAGGAUGAUCCUAAAGUUAUCGACUUGCAGCAGCGGGUACUGGCCUAUAAUCAGAUGAUCAAGUAUCACGGAAUCAAGGACCACCAAGUAUCCAAAACCGAUUUGGGUGGUCGACGAACGGUGGCACUCUUGAUGAAACGUAUAUGCAUACUAACUCUUCUCACGCUGUGGGCUUUCCCAGGAGCAAUUCUCAAUCUUCCUGUUGUCAUAGUAGCCAAGGUUAUCAGUCAGAAGAAAGCCAUAGCUGCUGUCAAGGGCUCGACUGUCAAGAUUGCAGGCCGUGAUAUAUUAGCCACAUGGAAGAUUCUCGUUGGCUUGGUCUUAUUGCCAGCUUUAUACGCUUUUUACAGUUUGCUCAUGUUGGUUGCAGUAUUCCAAACACAUUGGGAGCUCAAGUGGAAGCUUAUCCUUCCCUUGGCCACAUGGACCUUGCUACCAUUUGUAUCGUAUGCCAGUCUUCGUUUCGGAGAGAUUGGUAUCGAUAUUCUCAUGUCCCUGCAACCACUUGUCAUGUCAGUCCUAGACCCUGACGGCACCGAGAUAAUGCGAAAAAACCGUGAGAAGCUGUCGCAUGAUCUUACAGAGUUGAUCAACGAAUAUGGACCCAAAGUAUUCCCCGACUUUGAUGCUGAUUACAUAUGCCGAACUACAACGACGGCAACUACUUCAUCAUUUACCACCUCUGCAAAACUACCAACUGCACGACCUGCACCUAUCCGGCGCUCAAGCUCCAGCAGUUUCAUCAACUGGUCAUCAGCAACAAGUAGCAAAUUGCCCAGAAUCGCAAGCGGCUUCUUCCAGCAAGCAGUCCGAAUGGGAUUGGACGACAAGAACAUAUUCAACUGGGGCCGUAUCGAAGAAUCAUCCGACAUGGACGACAAUUCAUUCUAUUUGGAUCGUUUCAAUGGAGGCAUUACACCAACGAGCAGUCGGAGUCGACGUGGAUCAGCAAGCGAAUCCGAUUCAUCGUCACGACCUCGAAGUCGAACAGGCAGUUUUGCUGCUGCUGCUGCUAGCGUGGAUGGAUUCCGCGUCGAGGCAAUGACGACCUUGGUGGAAAGUGGUACCACCGCAAAUGGUAGUGGUGUGAAACAGCGUCCCUUACUUAAAAUUGAAGAUUAUGAUGAAAUGGCAAGUGAGCCAGUAGCACAACAAAUGGAUGGCAAAAAACGUGUAGAGGACGAAGGAUACGCUGGCGAUCGUGAAGAAGAUGGACCCAUUGAAUUUAACAAGAAGAAUAAAUAA